GUGUUUGCUGAAGUCUUUAACCCAGUCAUUAAGGACAGGCACAACGGCUAUCAUCCUACAACCAUGAAGCACCCAACAGAUCUGGACAGCUCAAAGAUCACCUCCGGGAUGUUUGAUGAGAACUAUGUGCUGUCGUCACGUGUGCGCACAGGCUGCAGUAUUCGUGGGCUCAGUCUGCCACCCGCCUGCACUCGUGCUGAAUGCCGUGAGGUGGAGCGUGUGGAGGUCCAGGCUCUUUCUGGUCUGAAGGACGAUCUGGCGGGAAAAUACUACAGCCUGACAGAGAUGACUGAGCAAGAGCAGCAGCAGUUGAUUGAUGUAAGUACACACCAGAAAAAAUGUUCCAGCAUAAACUCGCUGUAG